AUGGUGUCGGUGAAUACGUUCAUCAAAAAUUCGCCUGCCAAGGGUUUCCAGUCCCGACUUGACCCAGUGAUUCUCUGUGUCCACCAGAUCCCGAAGACCCGCCUUUUCGCCAAUGAGACACCCACCAGUCCAAUCUAUGACGCAGUUCGAUAUGCGCAAAGCCUCCUGUCGGAAUGCGCCGAAUCGACCGUCUUACGUCAGAGGAUUUGCGAUCCAGAGCCUAUGGAGACCCCGAAUGAUUGA